CCUUUUCCUUGAAAAACUAAACCAGAGGACAGAUGCGCCUAGAGAGAUAAGCAGAACCAGUUCAGACUGAGCUAGCUCCGUGACCCCUACCCUUCAUCCCGGUCUCCCUUACCCGUGGGGAGAUAAAUUUGGGUGUGGCUGCUUCCUUUGUGUCCUGAAGAGAUGGCUUGGGACACAUCUGUCUGCCUAUCAGUCUGUCUUUCUAUCAGUCUGCCUAUCAUCUAUCUAUCUAUCUAUCUAUCUAUCUAUCUAUCUAUCUAUCUAUCUAUCUAUCUAUCUAUCUAUCUAUCUAUCUAUCUAUCUAUCUAUAUCUAUGCAUACGCACUCUAAGGAAAGGAAACGAGGAGGAGGAGGAGGAGCAGGAGGAGGAGGAGGAGGAGGAGGUGGGGGAUAGGGGCCAGGAUAGAGGGAGAGCCUUGCCACAAAAUCCAGAAAGUGGUCAAUCGGGUCCAGUGCCACAGCAAGCGCCAAAAGGACGGGGGAUUGAAAGCAGGUGUGACGAUGAGAUCAGCGGGAACUUUGGAAAGAGCACCUUGGGUUCAAUGAGGCCAGAACCCAGAUGAAGGGGCCCAAAGGGAGGGCAGAGAGAGCUCCUCCCCAGCUCCCCGCCCCGAUCUCAGCACUGAACACACAGAGAUGAGGGGCUCGGACCAUGCAGGGUACUGAUCCCCGCAGAAGGCCAGAAAAAUGAGCCUUCCUUCGUUGUUUCCCGGCACUAAGCGGGCAGUCCCCUCCCUCCUUCCCAGGCUCGGGUCAUUCCGAGGCUGCCAGCCAGCCAGGGCCCCGCUGAGCGGGGCGGAGCUCGGGUUAGCCGAGGCCGAAGAGGAAGAGGAGGAGGAGGAGCUUGGGUGGCCCGAGGCCAAGGCGAUGGCGGCGCCGGGCGCUGCGGGCGGCCGGGCUCUGCUCCGGGGCCUCUGCCUCUCGCUCAGGCGAGCAGGAGCCGGCUCCCUGUCCCGGAGCUUCCGCAGCAGCGCCGUCAGAUGUGAAGCCACCAUUAUCUCAGGAACUGAAAUGGCCAGACAAAUCUGUAAAGAAAUAUGUCAGGAGGUGGAAUCAUGGGUGUCCCUUGGCAACAGCAAACCUCAUCUUAGUAUUAUUUUAGUAGGAGACAACCCAGCAAGCCAUACCUAUGUAAGAAAUAAGAUAAAAGCUGCUACAGCUGUUGGCAUUGUUAGUGAGGUCAUUUUGAAACCUAAAGACGUUUCUCAGGAAGAACUUUUGGACAUAACUGAGCAACUGAACAUGGACUCAAGAGUUAGUGGUAUAUUAGUUCAACUGCCUUUGCCAGAACACAUAGCUGAACGAACGGUCUGUAAUGGAAUUGCACCUGGAAAAGAUGUAGAUGGAUUUCAUAUUGUCAAUGUUGGACGACUAUGUCUGGAUCAACAUUCUAUGAUACCAGCAACUGCCUGUGCUGUUUGGGAGAUAAUAAAAAGAACAGGAAUCGAAACAUUUGGGAAAAAUGUGGUUGUUGUUGGAAGAUCCAAGAAUGUAGGAAUGCCUAUCACAAUGCUUUUACACACUGAUGGAGAGCAUGAAAGACCUGGAGGUGAUGCAACAGUGACAAUAACUCAUAGAUACACUCCAGAAGAGCAGCUGAAGAUCCAUACACAGAUGGCUGAUAUUAUCAUAGUAGCUGCAGGCAUUCCAAAGAUGAUUACCUCAGACAUGGUCAAAGAAGGUGCUGCUGUAAUUGAUGUCGGUAUCAACCAUAUCCAUGACCCUGUAACAGGAAGGACAAAAUUAGUAGGUGAUGUGGACUUUGAAGAAGUUAAGAAGAAAGCUAAGUUUAUCACUCCAGUACCAGGUGGUGUGGGGCCUAUGACUGUGGCAAUGCUUCUGAGGAAUACCCUUCUGGCAGCCAAGAAGAUCAUUUACUAGACAACUCCUGGUACAUGGCACCAAAAUAAAACUGAUGCCACGUGGCUUAUUAGUCAAGAGUCAAAACUUCUAUAUUUUACUAUGAAGCUAUUUAUUUCUACAUUAUAUUUAUUUUUCGUGUCUGUAAUGGUUUUGAAUUGGGCAGCUCACAAAAUCGUAUGCAUUUUCUGCUAAUUUUAGUUUAAUAAAAAUAAAAGCAGCCACUGCUCUUGCCUUCUGGAUAACACUGGUUCACUAAAAAGAUUAAGCUGCUUGAUGCUGAAAGAAUAAAGGACUUAGAGUCAGGUGGCAGGUUUCUGAGAAUAUUCACAACCAUUCCUUAAAGGAAUCUUGGAUGAUUUCAUCAUGUGCAUGGAGACGCCUCAUCAUAGGGCAGCAUUUAAGGGAGAAUUUUACUCUACUGAAUCAGAUGCUUUCUUUUAUAGCCAACAGUCAACACAAUAGGAUCUUGUUUUCUAUCUGUUGUGUAACUAGCAAGAUGUGGUCUCUUAUGGAAUAUUUAUGAAAGCCAGACUGUUCCCUUCUCAUGCCUUCAUCAGAGAUGCUGUCAAAAUGUGUGUGACUAAUUAAAGAUUGUUUUUAGA